AGGGUUGAACUGACAAACUGUGAUAGUGGCGGACGGGGAAGAGUAACCAUAACACGGAAGUGAGCAUCAGUGUCAGUAGAUCCAAUAGGGAAAGUGAUCUUCCCGAGUGAGAUCAGCUUACAUAUACCGUACUGUAAUGGUCUGUAUCAAGCUGAGGAAUGAAGCGUUCUAUUCAAGAUAGCGAGGAAUUGGAGCCACCUAGAAGACGUCCUGCUCUAGAACGACGAAAUGUAACACAUUUGGAUGAAAACCAUUCAAAUUUUGAAAGGACAGAUUACUCCACCAGGGCAGUAGCUACAUCAUUACUAGUUCCAAAUACCUGUACUGGUACAAGUAUUUUGUCAACUUCAGUUGCAGAAUCAACUUUUUCCCGGUCAACAACAGCUAAUACAUUAGGUGGUGAUGUAUUGUUAACAGCAGCUAAUACAUUAGGUGGUGAUGUAUUGUCAACAGCAGCAAAUACAUUAGAUGGUGAUGUAUUGUCAACAGCAGCUAAUACAUUAGAUGGUGAUGUAUUGUCAACAGCAGCAAAUACAUUAGAUGGUGAUGUAUUGUCAACAGCAGCAAAUACAUUAGAUGGUGAUGUAUUGUCAACAGCAGCUAAUACAUUAGAUGGUGAUGUAUUGUUAACAGCAGCUAAUACAUUAGAUGGUGAUGUUUUGUCAACAGCAGCUAAUACAUUAGAUGGUGAUGUAUUGUCAACAGCAGCUAAUACAUUAGAUGGUGAUGUUUUGUCAACAGCAGCUAAUACAUUAGAUGGUGAUGUAUUGUUAACAGCAGCUAAUACAUUAGAUGGUGAUGUAUUGUUAACAGCAGCUAAUACAUUAGAUGGUGAUGUAUUGUCAACAGCAGCUAAUACAUUAGAUGGUGAUGUUUUGUCAACAGCAGCUAAUACAUUAGAUGGUGAUGUUUUGUCAACAGCAGCUAAUACAUUAGAUGGUGAUGUAUUGUUAACAGCAGCUAAUACAUUAGAUGGUGAUGUAUUGUUAACAGCAGCUAAUACAUUAGAUGGUGAUGUUUUGUCAACAGCAGCUAAUACAUUAGAUGGUGAUGUUUUGUCAACAGCAGCUAAUACAUUAGAUGGUGAUGUUUUGUCAACAGCAGCUAAUACAUUAGAUGGUGAUGUUUUGUUAACAGCAGCUAAUACAUUAGAUGGUGAUGUUUUGUCAACAGCAGCUAAUACAUUAGAUGGUGAUGUUUUGUUAACAGCAGCUAAUACAUUAGGUGGUGAUGUUUUGUCAACAGCAGCUAAUACAUUAGAUGGUGAUGUCUUGUCAACAGCAGCUAAUACAUUAGAUGGUGAUGUUUUGUUAACAGCAGCUAAUACAUUAGAUGGUGAUGUAUUGUUAACAGCAGCUAAUACAUUAGAUGGUGAUGUAUUGUCAACAGCAGCUAAUACAGUAGGUGGUGAUGUAUUGUCAACAGCAGCUAAUACAUUAGAUGGUGAUGUAUUGUCAACAGCAGCUAAUACAUUAGAUGGUGAUGUAUUGUCAACAGCAGCUAAUACAUUAGGUGGUGAUGUAUUGUCAACAGCAGCUAAUACAGCUACUUUUUCGAAAGCAGCUACAGUAACAGCAGCUUGUGGAACAGCAAAAGCCACCACAGGAACUAUUAACUCUCGAUUAAGAAAUACUCCUACGACUUCAAUUGAUAUGCCAUCAUUAUUUGGUGAUUUAUCAACAUUUGCUGCUAGGCUACAGUGCUCACAAACGUCUUCACCUACACCGCCAGUGAUGUGUACAUCUACUAUGAUGACAAAGUCAUUGGUAGUUAAUAAAACUACUGCAGUAUCAUCUCUUCAUUUUUCAUCAACAAGGGAUGUUAUUGUAAACACAGUGAAGACAUUUAUAAAUAUUGUUCCAUUAACAAGUGUUGCACCAACUGUUACAACACCACCAACAACUACAGUAACAACAAACUUAUCAUCUGCCCCACAUGUAUCGACUAUACCGGUCUCUACAUCUACCACCACAGCUUCAACAGUAGCCACAGCUACAGCUCCUAUAUUUUCUACAAGUACAUUAUCAGCAGCUCCUAUAUUGACUGAAGCUACACCAACAGCUGCAAAUUCAUCGGCUAAUAAUUCAUCAACAGUUGCUGCCAUAUUAACAACAGCUGCUUCUACAGUCCCCAUAGUAUCUGCUUCAUCUUCAUCUGUGUCACCAAUAAAUACAUUGAAGUUAUCUUCAGUAUCUGCUGCAGCAUCAACAAGUGUUCCAUCAUCAUCUUUUGCAAUAUCAUCAAAUAUAUCACAAGCAGGCAAUGCAGUUGUACCACCAAUAUCAGACUCAGCCAUUCCUUCAGUGCCAGCAUCAUUAACCACCUCCAGAACACCUACACCCUCUCACUCGUCCACAUCUGGAUGUAGUUUACCAUCUUCCAGUAUCAGUAAUAAUAAUCCUCCUGUGUCUGUCUCUUUAUGUCCUUUGCAAUUGCUUGCAUUGUCAUCAGAGUCUUCAUCUGAUUCAUCCAAUGAUUCAGUAGGUGUUGUGCCUGUGACUUACUCAACUGGUGGGGGAGGACCAACUCAUAGUUCUGUCACAUCUCUUAGCCUUGCCAUGCAUGCCAGAAACUCCUCCCCAACAUCUUUCCCUUUACCAUCAAUCUUAUCAUUAGCAGAUCAUGGUACAUUUAACAUUCCUGGGAAUAAUUCUCCCACAGCAAAUUUGCUUACGGAUUCUAUUAACACACUACCAAUGGAUGAACUUGUCGAGAUGCCAAGCUCUGUUUCACAUCCAUCCAGUGUCUCAUAUUUAUCUCCAUUAUCCUUAUUGCCUGAAGUAACUCCAAAUGUAAGUAAUGGUCAUCUUACGAUAGAGUCCUCAAGAUCACAAACUCAGCAAGUUGAACUGGAAACAAAUGAAACUUCUAAAGGAGAGAAGAAUGUUCCAGAAAAUUUAUUGGCAAAAGACCCAAGUCCACCAUUGUUGACAUCAGCACCCCUUACUAUAUCUCAGGAUGAACUAGAAGCUCAGGUUUUACUCAGCAGGGAUGAGGAGCGUAAAGUCAAAGAGAAGCAUAUACUCCAAUCUGGUAAAGUUCUAUCUGCUGGAGCUCCUGUGCCAAAAGGACAAUUGAGACGUGCGGGACCAUACCUACUGGGGCCACGUCUGGGAUCCUCUCCAGUUCGUUCUAUUGUACAGUGUCUUGCACGCAAAGAAAAUACAGACAACUUUUAUACAUUGAAGAUCUUGACUGUAAGAGAAGCAAGUGAUGAGACACAGGAUGACAAACAAGGAAAAAUGCUUUUACAUACUGAGCACUCUCUCCUCUCCUUGUUAUCUGGUCAACGUGGAGUUAUCCAGCACCAUGGACUCUUUCAGGACUAUGCCUCUGGAGCACGGGAACAGACUGGAGGGACAGUUGUGGCUACUGGAGGAUUGGUGCGACGUGUGUGUUUAGUACUAGAUUGCGUUACUCCUCAGGAUUAUUGUCCUCAUACUGCUGACCUUAUCAAUCUCCAACACUACGUUAUUGCCAAGAAGAAAUUAGCUGAGCAAGAUGCUCUCACCAUCUUCUACAACAUUGUCUCUGUUGUUCACAGUUUGCAUGAGCAAAAUAUUGUUCACCGGGACUUGAAACUUGGCAACUUGGUACUACACAGGACCACAAGAGAAAUCACUAUAACCAAUUUUUGUCUGGGACAACAUCUUCCAUCUGAGAAAGACCGUCUGCGUGACCAGCGAGGUUCACCUGCUUAUAUAUCACCUGAAGUAUUAAGUGGCAAGCCCUAUUUAGGCAAACCAUCAGACAUGUGGGCCCUGGGAGUAGUUCUGUUCACAAUGCUGUAUGGCCACUUCCCAUUUUAUGAUGCUUCACCACAGGAACUCUUUCGCAAAAUUAAAGCAGCGCAGUAUAGUCUUCCAAAGGGAGAUAAGUUUGUGAAGGAGUCUACCAAGGAUGUGAUCCGUGGAUUACUGGUAUUAGACCCUCUUCAGCGCUUCACCUGCAAGCAAGUUUUAUCUGGUCUCACUGCCAUUAUCUCAAAUCCUACCACCAAAAACCCACAGUUUUUUCAGGUUGUUCCUGAAAUGGAGGACAUAGAAGAACAGAUUACCAGCACCAAAGGAACCUUAAGUGAAGUGCAGAACAAGAUUGGUUCUUCCUUUAGUUGUGAUAGUUCAGAUAAUUGUUUUAAAAACAACAUAAAUAUCUCUAGCAGAAGCAAGAAACCAAGAAAUAGAGAAGUUGACACUCAAGCAAAGUACAACUUAGAUUAUUUGCUUCUUCAGUUGGCCCGAGAGAUGGAAGAAAGCUCUCAUGUGGGUAAUCACAAGUCAACAAUCGUUAGCAGCAGCAGUGCUACCAGCAGUAGCAGUAACAAUAACAAGAGCAACACAUCAAAUGGCAUCAUCUCUUGUAUUGUUGGUGAUGUUCGACCUCUCACCCAGGUGGAGUUAUCCUCCCUCAGGCACAUUCUGCCACACACUUCAAGAUUAAAUGAGUCAGUAACUCGAAGCUCAGGGCCACCACCAAGUGUUGCUGUUGUUGUCAGUAGAAGUAACAAUGAUAGAUUCAGUUCACUCUUCUCAUCACAGUCGUCUGGCAGCCAUAAUUACCCCAUCAACUUGCUUCGAUCCCCACCAACUGCAAGUCAUCCACAGCCCCCACCUAAUGUGACAAUACCUCCUGCACCAUUACCCCCACAUGUAUUAUCUUCCCAUCUUCCUUCUUCACUACCUCCACGCCUCCCACCAACUUCUCCUAGAAUGCCGUCAUCAUCAUCUCACUCACUGUCAUCAAACUCUGUAAUGCCACCUUAUGGAGUAUUUUCAAAUUCAGUCCAGUCUCAGAAUUCUUUACCAAGAGGACCUCGUCCACCUGCACCACCUACAGGCUCACGAACUCGUUGGACUCCUGGUGUUCAUAAUCGUAUUGUACAUAACAUAAAUAGUUUACAACACUUGUCUGCUUCUACAAAUGGGCAAGAGGAAACUUUGCAAAUCUCUCCUCAAGAUGUAGGAGAAAGUGACCAGUCAGAGGUGCUUAACAAUCCUGUACCUAGUACCUCUUCCUUAUCAUCUGCAUCCUCAUCCUCCUCAUCCUCAUCUUCAUCCUCAUCAUCUCGGCUUCCAAGAGAUCCUUUCCGUUUAUUAGUAAGAGCUGGGAGAGGCCGGGCAGGCACUUCUAUGAAUCGAAGACCAUAUCGGCCUUUAAGACGUUACAAGUAAGCAGUAUUUAUUUUUAUCCUUGACAAACUUGUCAUAAAUUUUCAUAUGAAUUAUAUUUAGUAGUUUAAGUACACCACCGAUUUUCCGGCACCUUUGGUUCCUGAGCCUUGCCGGACCAUCCGUUUUGCCGGAUUAACAGCAAUACACCUCUGACCCACUAGCUAUACACCUCCCGGUAUCUUUAAAGCCCCAUGGCUGCUAGAAACUAAAAUUAAACAAAUAUUAAAUGUAAAUUAAAUUAUUAAAUGAAAUAUUGGCUGUAUAAAUGAUGCAGGUUUAUUAAUUAUUUACAAAGAAUGUUGCAAUUCUGCCGCUCCCAGAGUGGCAAUUUGUAGAGUUUCACAAAUACUGAAGAUCUAAUAACAAAGGCCGGGAAGCUGGGGGCUGUCAGGGUUGCUGUCUGUUUCAUCUUGGACGUGUGGUGUUAAAUACUGUAUGUCCAAAAUAAGCUGAGAAUUACACAAAAUCAAGGAGCUACCACCAGCAACUGCAGAGUAAACAAACAAAGUGAGUGUGGUUAACAUAUAACGCCAUCUAUGGGCAGCCCAGUAAACUAAUCUGGAGGUCGCGGGAAUUUUUUCCUGAUUAAAAGAGGUGCCAGAAAAUCGGUGGUGUACCUGUAUUACAAAAAUUUACCCCCCCCCAAAUUUUGAAGCUUCCAAUUUGUAAGUUGAAUCUAAGGAGCUCAAACUCAUUGUAUGUAGCUCGAAAGAAAAGCAAUGUCUUCCUUCAGCAUUGUGAAGAUGUUUAAUUGAAAAUUUUCCUUUUUGUAACAUUUGUACUUUUCUAUUGUAUCAUUUACCAUAAGUCUUUCCACACUAAGAAGAGGUUUGGAUUCCUGUUUAUGAAAGUGUAUGUGUAAUUGCUAAUUCUGUAGUUAAGUUUCCUCCCACAUUAGUUAAAAUUUUGCCAAAAUAGUUAAAGCUCAUAUUGAAUUACAUCUCUAAAAAUUAUAUUUCUCAAAAUAUCUACCCCAAAAUUAAAGAGCUUUAAGCUUCUGCAUUGUCCAUCUUCUGUCUGUCUGAAAGUCUUCUUGUCUGACAUGUGCCCCAUUCAUAACAUAUUAGCCAGUGUAGGAAUCAGAAUGGAACUUUUUACAUAUGUGUAUCUUUAAGGGUCCGGGUAUUGGACCAGGAUCAAGGAUCAAAUGAUCCUCCUUUCAGGGAGCAUCAUUCACCUUUACCAACCUUUUUCUUUUUGUCUUAAUAUCCUAAUAAUCCAUAAGCAUAUAAUUUUUUUAUUCAUAAUUUUUCAUUUAUUUUAAAGUCACAGGAUUUCUUCAAAAGCAUCAAUACAAGUACUGUACAGUAUUACCUCUCUACCAAAUGAAUUUGCUAUUCAGUACUCCAUAUUGAAUCCUUUACCAAACCCCUUUUCAAAUAUUCAAAUACUGUAUAAUACAGUACUGUAAUUCAAUGCUCUAAUGUGACUUAAAAAUAAAGAAAAUGUACAAUAAUAUAAAACAACCCGCAUGAAUAUUGGUCAUUGUCUGGCCUACGCGGAAUAUGGAACACAUCUCUCAGUUCACUUGUCAGCUGCAGUCCACCCGCGCGUCACCACACAGCCACUCGGUGCACUACAAUACCAAACUUUGUUCCAUGGUGAUUGCACAUGGCCGUGAUCAUGUAACUUAAUGACUAGCGAUCAAUAUCGGUGUUCUUACUUAUCUUUUUUGCAGUGAGAGGACAUCACUAGCAUUAGUGCGUUCAUAUUUUACUCUGUAAACUGGUCCAAAGCUAGUGAACUAACAAUGCUCAUUAAACCACAAACACAUUGACUCCAUAGUUAUGAUACUUUUUUUGGAGACUGCAUUAUUACAAUUUUAUGAAUAUAAGCUUGCAAUGGAUGUACAGUAUCUAAUUCCUAUCUUUGAGACAUGAAAUGACAAGAAUGGUAAAAAAAAAUGUUGCUCAUGAAUGGUCCAUUCAUGCAAGGUAAAGGAAUUUUUGUAUUGUCUAAUUAUUCAGAAAAAUACAAAUAUUCAGGUCUCGGAAAAUACACAUAUUUGUACUCCCAUAUUGUCUGAGUUAGCUUGAAAUCAUUGUACUUUAUGAGUAGCUAUGGUAAAAGUGCUCAGAAAUUGCAGGAGGUAUACAUGUAAUAAAAUUACAUUCUAUGAUAUUGUCAAGAUCAAAGACAAGACCUGGAAGUUUGCUAGUGAACAAGGUGGUGGUGCUUCUUCUGUAAGAAAAAUUCAAAGAAGAGCAGAAUUAGUCCAAAAUUCAUAAAGAAACCUUAUUUAUAACUCGACAGUAAACCUUUAAUGAUGAACUAUUGUUAUGUUGCUAUUUGUGUCAAUGUGACAGAUUAAUAUUGGACUUUAUAUAUUAUUUAGGUCUCUCCACAUUAACUCUGUUUCCCCAGAAAAAUCUCAUGUGGUGGUUCUAUGGGGAGGAGUAUUGACACCUUCCAUCAUUAUUUGCUACUUGAAAGUGGGUCCUAGCCCUGGCACCUCAGUAGGGAUAUCACAGUCUAAUAUAUCCACAGUAGCAGUACUUUGAGAAAAUUGGUAGCUCUUGUAAAAUAAAACAAUUAGCUAAAGCACUUACAACAGAUUUUGUGGUGUCGUCAACCAUGUUGCAAGUGCGUAGGUGUGCCAAGUUUGUAUGAUGUUUCUCCGUCCAACUACAGUAGGGUUUCUUAUUUUUUGAUCUUACAUAGUAGGGAUUAUUUUAUAUAAAAAAUUAUUGUAUAAGAAUAUAAAUACCUUUAUUUAAAGGCACUAACUGUACUAAUUAUUAUAUACACCUCCAAUUUAUUUUAAAAAUAAAUUUUUAGAGUAAAGUAGUGUUUAUUAGUGUAAGAACUGCUGUAGUGUGUGGUGCCCAUGACUUCAUGGAAAGAAACAUUAUAAAUACCUGUACAGUUAAUAAUUUUUUUUUAUUUAGUACUAAUGUUGUUUUAUGUUUUAUUACCCAAUAUUUAUUUAGAAUGUUCAGGUGAUGCUGCAUAAUGGCUGUACAGUAAUGUGGUAUAAUAUACCAUAUAUUAUAUUAUAAAAUAUUAUAUUAUAAGGGUGAAAUUGUAAAAGAUGGUCUAGUUGCUUCCUGAAUUCUAACCCUUAUUUUCACAUUUCUUCAUGGAAUAGCAAUUACAUGACACCUUAACUUAAGGGAUGAAUCUCUGCUAAAAAUUGGGGAUUUGACAUGUUAAGUGCUCUUCCAUUUUCACUUUCAGUAUAUUUUAAUGUAUUUUUGGUGCAAACUGGUAGCUGUAUAUUUUAGCACUUUUUCCAUUUAUAAAUUUUGUAUAUACUGCACAGUACUGUAUUUAGAUAGGGAAUUUCUGUAUAUCAUAACACUGUAUAUGUUCCUAAAAUGGUAUAAAGCAAUACAGAGUACAGUAGAAUCCCAGUUUUCCGGUAUUCGGGUAACUGGAAGAUUCAACUAACCAGCACCAAAAUGCAAUUACUGUAUAGAAAUAAAAAUUGCUCCAAAAUCAACUAGAAUCUUAAGUUUGAAUACCAUGCGCAACAGGGAUGAGCUGUCGUAUUUAUUGCUAUGAUAAACAAUAAAAUUGAUACGUAGCAUAACAUAAAAUACAAUAGCACAUAUUGAAUUUUUAAAAAAUUGUGCCUUCCACACUCAAACCGUCCUCUGGGUGACUCGACACAGCUCAGGCACUCAACCAGCUGACUCACAUAAGUGUGGCUGUGUGUAUGCAGUGAUGUUUCAUCGAGAGGGACCACAGCCACUGCCUCAACACACAUUCAAUACUCACAUACACAUAACCAUGCUCUUAAUAUUUUAUUUUUAUUUUUUAGUUUUAUAUUCUCCUUAUUUCUAAGCCACAUUAGAGUAUUGUAAUGAUUUUUCGACAACUUUUAUAGUUUCAUUACAAGCAGCAAUAAAUGCGGCAGCCCAUCACCUCCAUACACAUUCACUACCCACAUAUACAUACACAUGCUCUUCAUUUGUGUUAUUUUAUGGUUUAAUACAGUGUUUUAUUUUAUUUAUUUCUAAGCCACCUCUUUUAGAUAGAGUGGAAUAAGUGUUAAAGAAGUCUGUUUUUGUGAGACACUAAUUUGUGAGGUUGUUUAUCUGAGACAAAUUUGUGAGGUCAGUCUGUAUUACUGUGCAGUGUAGGAACUAUUGGGGAUCCAAAGAAUGAGUUUCAACUAACUGGAAAAACUCUUUAUGUGGCACAUCUCAAUCCCCAUAGGUGCUGGAUAACUGGGAUUCUACUGUACAGUAUUUGUUCUGUAUCUAAGGGCAGAAUGUUAAUAUAUUUCACAAACAAAAUCUUCUUUCCCUAGAUUAGUCCAGGUUCAUGAAUUUUGACUGUACAGUAUUUCCUUUAGAUCAUUUAAAUAACACAGCUAAAGUAAUUGAGAAUGUUGUCAUUGAUGUUUAACUUUAUUUUCAGUACUAUGUAUGUAUCCAAAUAUUAAAAUCUUAUUUCUGAAUUAUAAAAGUAUUGUAUAAUCAUAGAAGAAUGAUAUACGUAUUGUACUCUUUGUUUAAGAAAUAAGGUUGCUCACGAAACGGCAGCUAUUAGUUUAUAAUAUAUAGGUACAGUAUAUAAUACAGUACAUACUUGUCCUUUUAGCAGGUACAGUACUUAACAUUUUGUUUGUGUAAUAUAAUGUAUUUAAUUUAAUAACAAAUAAAUGUAUUUUUUAUAAAUGUU